ACCCGUGAGCCUUACCUGCCAUGUCUCAACAGAAGUUGUCAUCAAGAGUUACCAUGUCUUCUCAAGGCUCUGGCCUUCAAGAGCAAACAGUGCUGAGGGCUCCAAAGAGGAGCACCAGCUACCUCUCCAAUCUCUAUCAGAACAUGUUGCGGGAUGGGGAAGCCAGGCCGGCAGAACCAAGGAAGCAUCAGCCACCGCACACCACCAGCAGCUCCAAUCUUCUGAACAUCUCAGUUGGUGCAAAGAUGGAGUACAGAAAUGCCCAGAACAUCACAGCUCCUACUUGUGACCCGCAUCUCAGGCCCAUCAUGCGCCGGCGGGCUAGAUCCUUGCCCAGUUCACCAGAGAGGAGGAGGAGCAUGGUGGCAUCAUGUCGUCUUCCAGGGUGCAGUUCUGGUGGGAACCGGGUCCGGUUUGCAGAUGCGUUGGGCUUGGAGCUGGCUGAAGUGAAAGUAUUCCAAGCUGGGGAGGAUCCCUCUAUUCCUCUGCAUGUUCUCUCGCGGCUGUCCAUCAAUUCUGACCUUUGCUGCAAACGGCUGGACCUUGAAUUCACCAUGCAGUGCCUGGUGCCUGAUUUCCAACAGCCUGCUGACUGUGAGACCUUCCUCAGCUGCCUGAAACAGCACCAGGUGUGCCUCGAACGAGUCACCAACUCAGAUCUAGGCCUGAGUGGCACUGUUAGAGUGAUGAAUGUAGCCUUUGAGAAGGAGGUGGCUGUGCGCUACACCUUCAACCAGUGGAGGAGUCAGCAUGAAGUCAUGGCCCAGUGGCACAGUCAUGUCCCUGGCACAGAUGGUCAGGAUUCAAUGGAUGUCUUCGUCUUCUUCCUUCCUGUGCCCCCGUUUCUCCUCCACCUGAGCUCCGUGGUCGAGUUUGCAGUGUUGUAUCGAGUCAACGGAAAAGAGUAUUGGGAUAACAAUCAAGGGGAAAACUACAGUCUUAGAUAUCGGGAGCAUCCACUGAAAAUGCCCAGAGAAUGUGAAGAAAGCUGGAUCCAUUUCAUCUAAGCAAAACAAGGAGGCAGAGUUGCUGCUGAUGUUGCCUCCUCCUCCACUGCCUUGGGCUUGCUCUGCUUCCUUUGGCAUUGCUGUCCUCUUUGAGGCACCAAAGAAACCCUUCAGAAUGACAAAAGAUUGAUCACAAUAAAAGAAUAACAAGGGACCUGCAAAAAAGUAAUUGGGAAAAGAGGGUGCUCCUAUAUUAUUUUAUUUUUGCAAACAGGAUAAAGGGUCAUAACUUGAAUUGAUUUUCAUCCCAAACCUCUAUGUACAUGUGUGUUGAAGUGAGUAACUAACACCAGAAAGGAUACGAUCAGGAGAAGUGAGCUUGUUUGGCUGUUUUUGUUUGCUCUUGCCAUGGAUGAGAAAGUCUCUUCAUUUAACUAGGCUGGAUAUUUUAAAACAUACAGUUUAUUUUUCCCCAUACUUUGGCAGUACAGUUUUGCACUUCAGUCAAUGCACUUUUGCACUUUGCUUUUUGUAAAUCUUUGGCAGCUCACAGGUGGCUUGCUUGUCCUGCUUUAUAGUAGAGAAGAAAACGUUGCCUAGUUUGUAUGCAGUAGAUCAGUACUUCAGGGCCUGGGGUAUAAAAAAGGAGAGUAAAUACUGCAAAUGGUUAAGCAGAACUAUAUUUUGACAUUGCAUUUUAUAAAAUAAUGCCUGACAGGGUCCUUACCUAUUAGUCAUUCAAGACCCUAAAUGCUGAAGUAUUAUAGGAUAACUCUUUCUUGCUGAAAAAGGAAAAACUAUGCAGUUUGUUUAUUUGCAGGAAAAGUUAUUUUUCCUACCAAGUUAGAACCAAAUCAGAUCUGCAGAGGGAAAAGAAUACAUGCAAAGUUUCUCUUUCCUUGUUUGUUUCCUUUUUUAGAAUAAACUUUUGCACUUUUGUAAUAUACCCCUUUUGAGGAUAUCCAGAGUACUGUAUGAGCCACCGUCACGGGUAAAACCCUGAAGUCAUCUGAUUAGCUUGCUGCAAAUUUAGAUAAUGAAAUGAGAGUCAACUGCAGAGAUAUGGCAGCUAGCAUUGUUAAAGAGAACCUGUGAUGAACUUUAUGAUAAAUGAUAGUCUCUGAAAUGCUCAAGCAAAAGGAGGAAGAGGUCAGUGCUCCUAAUGAACUACAGUGGUGUGUUCGUGUUUUCUGAAAAGCUGUGUUAGUCCGUUGCGUCAAAAACAACAAAAAGUCUUGUGAUAUCAGAAAAACUCUGGAGUUCUGUUUCAGUGAAUUGCAGCCCAGCUGAAUCUGAUGGUGUGGCCUGCAGACCAUUAAAAGCAUACAUCUUAAUAAAGUAUGCAUGUCUUUAACUCCCAUCCAUCAGGGUAAUUAAAAAAAUAAGAACAUCUUGCAUUACAAGGGCUGUAAUUUCUGGCCACAUGAGAACGCAAGCAAAGGUUAGGGGUAGUAUUGGGGUUGAAUGCACAUGUUUUAUAUUUCUUGAGGGGUCACUUCUCCCUCUCAGCAUUGUGGUUGGCUGAAAAAAAAUAGCAUAGGACUGUUCUUUUCUCCCAGCCAUUAACUUCUUUAAUCUGCUCCCCUUCCCCAAACAAACCCAACUCUAUAUAUAUUGCAACUGAUAAAACUGGGGGACAUUAUUUAUUCUUCAGGUGAUAAUGGUGUAAAGAUAAUGGUGUGAGUCUAGCUCAGUGCAAUUUUUUUAACAAAAUGUGGCUGUUGAAGACUAAAAAUGUUCCUGGGUUAAGGUUUCCCAAGACCUUUUGUAGCUGAAUGUUAGGACAGUUUGAUUCUGAAUAGGAGUCAUACUAAGGUUGCAAGAUAUCUUAGAUUCACAAGACAUGACCGGCAAAGAGGAGGUUUUAAUGCUUCUCCUUUCUGAGAGCAUGAAUCUGCCUUAUGCGUUGGAAGUUUAGCCACUUCUGCAUAUAUUUUCCUCAUAUGAAUGUAAUGGUGAAAUUAGGGAUAGAUUCACGUGUUCAGUUGCUGCGUUUCUUUCAUUGCUGUCCCCUGAUUUUAAAAAAAGCUCUGGGGGUCUGGGUGAUAUACAUAACCUUUUUGGACCUUGGAGGGCUGUGACCCCACACCCCCUGAUUUUUGUAAGCUACCUUGUGCUUUUCUGUGCCAAAAGAAAAAUUGGGGGCCAUGAUGAUUCUCAAAUUUGCCUCUUAAAACAUGGCAAAGUUACUCCUCUCGCCCCCCCAGAGGGAAAAGAGGGUGUUUUUUUAGUCCUUUAAAAAGUCAAAGUAAAUUUUGGCUGUGUGAAUAUGGAGGUACCGGAUGACAGGAGAGCUGGAGCCUGCCCUUGAGCCCUUGGGAGCCAUAUUUUGCUUACACUGAAUUAUUUGUAUGUCUUUAAGAACAAUGAGCUACUUCUGUUAACACAUCGUUGAAUGGUAAUAUGCAAACGAUAUGUGAAGAAGGAUAGUGCAUGUGAAUAUGGAGUAUUCUGCAUGCUAGGGCUAUAAGGUGCUGUGAUAACUUCAAUGCACAGCUGCAGAUGUGACUUGGUUUCCCCUGGCACUGCAGAAUAUUAGAAAUCAAAUGUAGAAGUCUAACCGUAUAGUACUUGCACAGAAAAGUAUGGGGAAAUUUGGGUUGUUUAUAACCAGUCUCUCCCAUUCCCUUUCAUAAUUUGCUGUGGUAUCUCUGCAGCAGGGCUGGGAAAUCUCCUGAGGUCUCAGAAGCUCCAACUCCAGGUCCAGCAAAAUUUUUGAACAUCAAAGAAAAGAAGUGUGGACAAGUAUGGAAACCAUAACUCAGCAGUGAAGUUGCAACUUAAGAACAUACAGAUUGCCUUCCUUGAUCAGACCUCAGAUCAUCGUCCAGCAUUUUGUGACCUACUAGGUUCUGUCUGCCAAAAUGCCUCUGGAAGUCAAAUGUCAUGAGCUUGGAAUGAAGGUCAUGAUAACCCCCUGUUGUUUGAACACCCCAGCUCUUGAUGCUUGAUGUAUAUUGUUUCUGAAUAUCAGAGGUCUGUCUAGUAUUUGUGGACAGAGUAACUCUACUGCACUUCACAAAGGGAAGAACAGUGCCAUGCCUGAAAAAUUGGCAAAAAAGGAUCAAGAAAUAGAUAAGAGGGUUGGAAGUCUUUAAAGUAUUUCCCUGUGCUAAACAGGUUGAUAUGAUGAUAUAUAUUAUUAUUUAUUUCCCUAUGCCAGAAGGGUUCUUAAGGUGAUGUAUGGCAUUUACAGUAUACCUGUAGACUUUUCCAUGGAGGUCACUCCAAGAGAUGGCAAACAUGAGAUUUUGGCAUGGGAAUUUGCACUCAGAAUAAUGAUUGCCAUGCUCAUGUAUAGAAAUGUCAGUUCAGGUUGGUUCUAUUAGGCAACCUAGAAACUCUACUAGUACUGUAGUCUCAACUGCCACUAAGUGGUAUAUUAUUUCUCUGUGCACUUUCUUUGUUAAGGGAUAAUUACUUCUGUCUGCUCGGGUGGCAAAAGUUAAUGGGUAGCACAGUUGUAUGCUUUCUUGCAACAGAUUAUAGAAGAGGCAUUUUUUCUUAUUUUGCCAGGAAGGAGAAAUAGGGAAAGCAAGUGGGAGCACUGAAAUACUUGGUUAUAGUUGCAAUCUUCCUCUCAACUGCAGUGAGCUUUGUUCCACUGAACAUAGCAGGAAUCCCUUCCAAACAGAUGGCCAGAAUCCUAUGGGUUAGUUAUGUCAAUGUGUAAAUCACAGCAGCAAAUUGCCACUACUUAAUGAGUUAAUACUUGUAUGCCUCAUUGCACACCAACUCAUGUGAUUGGCAUGUAGCAAAGGAGGGAUGCCAGUAGCAACUUGUUAACUAGUAGCAGUUUGCUGCACUUAACACCAGUGUACUUAAUACCAGUGUAACUGCUCAUUGGGAUUCUGGACCAUCUGUAUAGGCUUGAACUGUUAAUGGCUUUGAAGUAUGCUUGCAAACGUUAAUAUUAGUUUAGAGCAAUCCAUAGUGUGUGUUGGAAAAACGUGGAUGAUGUGUACAAAAAGUUUCUGAGUAGGCCACUUCCAUUUUUGUUUAAUGCUUUUCCUGCUGUAAACGGAGUUCUAAAACUUUUUUGUCACCAGGAGAAAACAAAGAGAUGUCAACGAAAAGCAAUGAAGGCAUAGUUUCUGUGAUACAGGCAUCUAAAACACUACUAAAAAGGGCCAUCGUAGCCAAUACCAUGCUAACUGUAUCCCUCUUAAGGGCUGAACUUAAGCCAAAUGAGAGCAUAUGUCAGGCCUGGAGGGUUCAGACUGCAUUAACACUGCCAGUGUCUGCUAAGCCAAGGUUCUGUGAAAGGUUAGGACACAUAUAUUGCAUGACUGCUGGGGAGAAUGACAGGAGAAAAGCUGGCUUAUGGCUGCAGUGAAAAGAAUUUGCUCAUGCAAAGUCCCAUAAUUAAGGCCUCUAAUGUGUGUGUCAUACUAUCAGUUCCUAUAACUUAGCCAUGCAUGGAAAAUACAGUCUGUAAAUCACUGUUAUUAAAUCAUCCCUGUAUAAAAUGACAGUUGGAGUGAGCCAUGGAAGCAAGAAA